GGCAGCCCAGACCCCAGACCCAGAGCCAGACAGAAACAGAAACAGCAGGAGAGGGGGUGAACCGGAGAAGAGAAGCCAAAUCUCGCCUGCGAUUGUGGCCGGCGUCGUCUCCGUGCCCGGCGAGAUGGAGGCGGACUGGGACAGGAUGGUCCUGCAGGUCGACAUGGAGGACCUCGAGAGGGCGGAGCUCGACGCCCUGGUGGUCGACGAGCACCGCCACGAGAGGUUCGAGAGGGAGUGGGAGCAGAUGGAGGACCAAAUCUACCGCCAGGUGCUCGCCAUCGGCUCUUUCGCGAGGUUGGAUGAUGGGGGUGGACGUGGCGAAUUCGGCCAUCAAACCGCACUGCACACCUAUCUUGGCGAGGUUGAUGAUAUACCAGGCAGAAAAGCUACUCUCUUAGAUGCUGGUUCAAUCAUCAGCUUGCCAAUGCUUUUUCUUCACGGUGUCGUCCUGUUUCCUGGAGCUACCUUGCCUCUGAAACUAAUUGAGGCUAGGUUUGUGGGAGCAGUCGAGAAGGCUUUAAGGCAUGUUGAUGCUCCAGAAACAAUUGGCGUGGUUCUCAUGCACGGACGGCCAAAUCAUCGUAAUUAUGCUAAUGCUUCAGUUGGAACCACAGCAGAGAUACGGCAACUUGGACGGUCGGAGGAUGGUUCAGUAAAUGUUAAAGCACGUGGCCAGCAACGAUUUCGUCUGAUCCGUUACUGGGCAGAUGUUGAUGGGGUGGUGUGGGGCGAGGUUCAAAUCAUCGAGGAAGAUCCUCCACUAAGAACUCCAAGAGCUGCAUUUGCACAGCUAGGUGCAUCUAGGAGCUAUCGGCCGCAUACUUCUUCACAAGUUAUGAGCUUGGAUGUAUCACCAAUCAAGCAACAGGGCCAUAUAUAUUCAGACCCAGAUUGUGAUACUCCUACUUCAAGUGAUUCAAGUUCACAAUCCAGCAAUUCAGUGAAGCCCUAUGUUUCUGGUCAGUCAGGCAAGAAUACAAACAUGGAUGAGGAGGAAUAUAUUUGCUCGACACCCUCGAGUGCAAGAACACAUGUGAAGCACCAGUACAAUGCUGGAAAUUACUCGAAGCAGCCUCUUCAGGCAUCAUUGGCAUUUUGGCCUCAAUGGGCUUAUGAAAUGCAUGACCCAUAUGCACUUGCUUGUAGAGCUGCUGAUUUGUGGAGACUGAUAAUUAAAACACCAAACGUUGAUGAGCUUGUAAGAAAACCAGAUCUUUUGUCAUUUUACAUCGGAAACCAACUUCCAGUAUCAGAACCUGUGAGACAAAAAUUGCUGGAGAUUAAUGGGGUUUCGUAUCGCCUUCGAAAGGAGAUCCAGCUUCUAAAGGCCUGUGAUCUCAUAAAAUGUGGAUACUGCAAGUCCGAAAUAGCAAAGCAUAGCGACGUGGUGGUGAUGUCUAGCGAUGGGCCUCUUGGUACUUAUGUCAACAAUCAUGGGUAUGUGCACGCGACGAUCACUGUGAACAACGCAACAGGGCUUGAUAUUGAGGGGGAUCCCACAGAGGAACACAGCUGGUUUCCAGGAUACGCCUGGACUAUCGCAUCGUGCUCUUCCUGCGACUCCAACAUAGGCUGGCUGUUCACUGCCACCAAGAGGUAUCUGCAUCCGAAAUUCUUCUGGGGGAUCCGCAGCUGCCAGAUCGCCGAUAUUGUAGAUGCAGGACAACAACAGGAAGAAUGAUGCCGCUCUCCAUGUACAGCAAACCCUUUCUGAAUUGUGCCUUUUCCCCGUUUCCGCAGACUUAGAACCUAGACUGAGAGCGUGGCGCAUGUGCUAUCCUUGUCACGCUCUCAUUUUUAGCCUAGCCCCAUAUAUACCCGCCGUUCACCUUCAUUGAAGUUCCUGGGAGACUGACCACCCUCUUUCCUGGGUGUGCUGUGUGUAGUGUCGUGUAUCCGUGCUCCGUUACAGAGAAAUACCUUAGAUGCAGGUGGUAUGCACCUAGACCGAGUAAUAAGUUUCCGAAUGCUAAACAAAGCAUGUUACUGUGAAAAGUGUUGGGGUAAAUGGAAUGUUGUGUUGAAAGUUAAGAAAA